AUGUUUUGCCUUUUGCAACCUUGUACAUCAUCAGCAAUAUUUUAUCACCAUUUUGUUCAUAGUGAGGAAGUGAUCAGCAACAAACAAGUGAUCCUCAAGGACUAUGUGAGUGGUUUUCCAAGAGAAUCAAACCUGUACCUGACGACAAGUAACAUCAAACUCAAAGUGCCAGAAGAAGAGAGUGGUAAAGAUGCUGUGCUGGUUAAGAAUCUCUACUUGUCUUGUGAUCCUUUCAUGCGUGGACGGAUGCAGAGAGAUCUGCCACCCGGUGAACCUGAACUAUCUUCCUACUCCCUUGGCUCUCCAAUUGUUGGAUAUGGAGUGGCUAGAGUUGUUGAUUCCAGGCACUCUGACUUCAAGAAAGGUGAUUUGGUCUGGGGAAGGACAAUCGGCAGGGAAGAAUACAGUCUAAUAACAACACCUGAAUACCUCUUUAAAAUCAACCAUACUGAUGAUAUACCCCUUUCCUACUACACUGGAAUUCUUGGAAUGCCUGGCAUGACUGCUUAUUUUGGCUUCUUUGACAUUGGUUCUCCCAAGGAAGGAGACCGUGUCUACAUUUCAUCAGCAUCAGGCGCAAUUGGUCAGCUUGUUGGGCAAUUUGCUGUUGGUGGGAGGAACCACUAGUGGUGGUUUUGCAACACUCAGAGGAGAUAAAACACAAAGUUUUAUUUCAACAAUAACAAGCUUACAAUAAUUAAAUAAAAGCUUUGAAUAUACACCCUCUCUUUCUCUCUAGUGUUUCUCUCUAUCAUCUCCCACACAGAAUAACAUAAGAUUAGCUACCUAUUUAUACACGAAUUCAAAACAAGAAAAUUCAACAUUUAAAUGUGAAAGCGGCUGUGGACGGUGGUGUGAAGGCGGCUGACAGCUGGUGGCUGGCGGCUGGUGGCUGGCGGCUGGUGGCUGCCUUCCUUGACCUUCUGAAUUGAGUUUACUUCAACAAAUUCCCCCUUUAAACUCAAUCGAGGGAUUUCAUGCCAAGCAUGAACUUCAAUCUGCUAAAUAUUUCUCCCUUCAAUGGCUUUGUAAAGAUAUCUGCAACUUGAUCAUUUGUCUUGCAGGAUAUCAGCUCAACUUCUUUGUUCUUCACAUGUUCUCGGAUGAAGUGAUGACGUGUAUCAAUGUGUUUACUUCGUUCAUGAUACACCGGGUUCUUUGCUAAUGCAAUCGCUGAUCGAUUAUCGAUAUAGAGCUCUGUAGGACUUUCUUGAGGAAAUCCUAAAAACUUCAACAUAUUCACAGCUGAGUUGGCAGCAACAUACUCAGCUUUACAGCUUGAUAACGUUACUAUCGAUUGCUUCUUGGAUGACCAUGUAAAAGAUGUAUCUCCCAUGAAAAAGACAAACCCUGUUGUGCUUUUUCUUUCAUCCAGAUCUCUACCCCAAUCACUAUCCGAGUAACCAGUGAGAUUGAAAUUUGUACUUGAGGUAUAAAACAUACCUUCAUUUAUUGUGCCUUUGAUGUAGCGAAGAAUUCUCUUGGCUGCAUUCAAGUGAGAUUGGUCUGGUGUCUCCAUGUAUUUGCUGAUAAGACCAACUCCGUAGAGUA